CCGUCCUCAUCCCUGUCUCGAGUUCAACCCCCACUUGCAAUCUCUCUUCCCUUCGACCCCAGCGGAACAACAGCAGUUGAGUUCGGGGAAGAAAACACAAGUUAGAACCUGGACAGAAUUUUUACACUGUUGCAAGACAUCGACGUCAAGACAUGGGAAAGCCGAAAUUACUAGAGACACGGUGUUCACCGUGCUACAUCGUAGAUUUGUUCCACGAUCUGGAAACUAACCAAGCGAAAGCAAAGCUAGAUGAGAUAGAAGAAAUUGGUUUCGGUUUCCUUAAGCUAGUACCAAAGUGGAAUGUUAAACAAGGGAUAAUGGUGAUGCUGGCCAAGGCUUACGACACUGAAACAAGCACCUUGAAAGUAGCUGAUGGAGUUAUCCGUAUUGGGGCUGAGCUGUUUGAACGUCUGUUUGGAAUUCUGCCCGGUGUUGAUGACUUCCCCCCGUUCGACGCUAGUAAUGCCGACCAUGUGUCGAUACGAAGAAGAUUUCACCGGUUAAAUACUAUACAGCUGAGACAGUUUGUUAACCAGUGCGCUAUGGAUACUGAAGAUGAUAGGAUGGAGUUUAUGAGGCAUUUCAUCCUGCUCGUGCUGAAGAUGUUUUUGUGUCCGACUGUGCAGCACGUCAUCUCGUCGUGGCACAUCAAUACAAUACUUGAUGUAUCUGAUCCCGGGAGAUUCCGUUGGCCGUUGCGUAUUUUCAAAUCAUUAGAACAAGCAAUUAGGAAGUACCAAUGUAAAAAAAAAACAAGUCUUGUGAGGGCUGCAUGUUUGCCUUGCUGGUGUUGUACUUCCAUAAGCUAAAGCAUGGUGAUCUCAAUAAUUGUCAAGAACCUUAGCCGUGACUUUCUGCAUGGACUGCCAAAGAGCUUAGCGCCAUGGCAGCAACUAUUCA